UAGAUUUCCCAGUCGACAUCUUGUCAAGCUGAAGUCUAAAAGUUUAAAAUAAAGCCAGUAGGUGGUAGUGUUGCAACACACGGCGUACAGAUCUGCCAAUAAGGCGACGAGAGAAGUGAGACUGAGGCCUACUCUUGCUAAAGAUGUCUUCUCUGUAACAUGAAAAGAACGUUUGAAUACAGAAUCACAUUUAUUCUUGUGUUAUCAUUUAUGUAGAAUUUUACUAUCUCGAAUUCAUUCGUGCAGCGACAGAAACACAGGAUGACUACAAAAAUUAAAGUUGGAAAGGUCGGCUCCAAGAAUAAGGAGGAUGCUCCUUACGAAUUGGAGAGCCAGUUUGUCCUCCGGCUACCCUCGGAAUAUGCGUCCACAGUGAGGAGGAUCGCUCAGUCUAGCAGCAUGAACAUGAAGGACAGACUCACCAUUGAGCUGCACCCUGAUGGCCGUCAUGGUAUUGUUCGUGUGGACCGCGUACCAUUGGCCUGUAAGCUGGUGGACCUGCCCUGUAUGAUCGAGUCUCUGAAAACUGUGGACAAGAAGACAUUUUACAAAACUGCUGACGUCUGUCAGAUGCUGGUGUGCUCGCUCGAUGGGGACCUUUACCCUCCUUUAGAGGAGCCAACUGGCACAGACCCAAAGAGCAAGAAAAAGGACAAAGACAAGGACAAGAAGUUCGUCUGGAACCACGGCAUUACAUGUCCUUUGAAGAACACGCGCAAGAGAAGAUUUCGAAAGACAGCAAAAAAGAAGUACAUAGAGUCCCCAGAUGUGGAGAAGGAGGUGAAACGUUUGCUGAGCACAGAUGCUGAGGCUGUCAGCGUUCGAUGGGAGAUCAUCGCAGAAGAUGAGUCCAAGGAAACGGAUCAACACGGAUCCUUGGGAAACCAAGACUCCUCACCUGGAACCUCGGGGCACAAGAUGGGUCACGGUUCCUUAGCACAGCGCGACGAGCUGAGGGAGAUCUUCAAUGAUCUCAGCAGCUCCAGUGAAGACGAGGAGGACGAUGGAGACCGACACGAGGAUGAGGACCUCAACAUCAUGGACACGGAGGACGAUCUGGUCCAACAGCUGCAGGACAAACUCAACCAGUCAGAUUCUGCUCAACACGAGAGCGACGGGAACAGCCAGAUAGUGAUGGAGUAUCAGGUUCAGAUCAACAACGUUAAGACCAAACUGCAGGACACGCGGGCAAGAAAGAAACAGCAGGAGGAGCUAAUUAUGAAGGUGGAGAAUCAGGCUCUGAAGAACCGGUUCCAGGCGUUGUUAAAUGAGAUCAUCCAACAGGAAGAACGUGAAAUGGAGCAGUUGGCAUCUCUGCAAGAGCAGCUGGACUCGCUGAUCGAGAAGUGACCACGAGAGGCCGUAGUGGCGUCACGUUCAAAGCACGUCGUCGCUGUUGUUAUUGUCCAUUUCCUUUGUAUUUCUUCUCAUUAGAUUUUUUUUGUUUUCAUAGGUGAAUCAUUUUGUUAGUUGUUUUCUUUAUUACUAAAUGUAAGUAAUUCAAAAGCAAAGUGAAAUGUUUAAACAGUUGCGUGUCCUUUCACUGAUGUUGACAAAUUCAUCUUCAUCAGAUCAGCUCAUCAACCAAAUAAACAAAAAACCUCUCACCUUUUGUAAAAAA